CCAACAUUAACUCUAAUAUUAAAAUCAACAAUAAAGCUAAUAUUAAAACCAAUAUUAAAACCAAUAUUGACUCCAAUAUUAAAGACAAUAUUAAAACAAACAUUGAAACCAAUAUUAACUUCAAUAUUGAAGCUAACAUUGAAGACUUUAAUAUUAAAGACUUUAAUAUUAAAACCAAUAUUAAUUCUAAUAUUAAAGCUAAUAUUAACUUUAACAUUAAAACCAAUAUUAACAUUAAUAUUAAAUCUAAUAUUAACUCUAAUAUUGAAACCAAUGUUAACUCUAAUAUUGAAGCCAGUAUUAAAACUAAUAUUAAAGCUAAUAUUAAAACCAAUAUUAAAACCAACAUUAAA